UAUAGUGUAUGUUGUUUAGAAUAAUUGUAUUAAAAAAAGUAUAACGUACAAAAGAAUAAAGUGAAUGAGGAAAAAAAAGAGAGGGGCAAAAGUGGAAAAGAGAGAGAUAGAGAAGGAUGGAAUAAUUGGUAAGAAAUAAUCAUAUGGGGCCAACUGACCAUGGAAAAAGAUGAAGCAAAAAAAAAAAGAGAGAGAGAAAAAGACAAUUCAGAGAUAAUACAAAGGAAUGGUUUUGUUUUAAGAGAGAAAGAGAAAGAGAGAACUCGACGAAGAAUGAUGGUGGGAGGUUAAAUUCCCCAAACCCCCAGAGCUCUUCAUUUUCUUCAUAUCGACGAUAUGCUAAAUGGCUGCUGCUACCAUUACUGAUCUCUUCUCUUAAGCUCUCUUUGUUUGGGGCAUGGAAGAAGAGCUUGCCAUGCUUAGACAGCUCAUCGGUCAGCUUCAAGAGCUCUUGCACAACGGCUCUCCUCCUCCUCCUUCUUCUUCUUCAUCUCUGUCGUCUUCUUCUCCGUCAUUUUUGGUUCUCCACCAUCCUCAGUAUCAGAACGGAUGGUGUUUGCCCUGUAUUGAGGAUACUUCUGCUGAUGAUUGUUGUGAUAUUGUAAUGGCUGGUGGAAAGAGGCCUGGGAUCUUCAAGAUGUUAGAAACUGUCAAGCCUCCCGUCAAACGAACUCGAAAAGAACGGACUCAAGGGAAAUCAUGUACGGAAGUAGAUGAGAUAAGUGGGAACAUGGAUCAAGAAAUAUGGCAGGAAUUCCCUCAAGAUCUCUUUGAAGACGUUGUUUCCAGACUACCAAUGGCUACUUUUUUCCAGUUCCGUGCAGUUUGCCGUAAAUGGAAUGCUCUUAUUGAUUCAGAUAGCUUCUCCAGAUGCUUCACUGAGCUUCCUCAGACCAUCCCAUGGUUCUACACCAUAACCCACGAGAAUGUCAACUCAGGACAAGUGUACGACCCUUCUUUGAAGAAAUGGCACCAUCCGAUUAUCCCAGCACUACCCAAGAAGAGUAUUGUUUUGCCAAUGGCUUCUGCAGGAGGUCUAGUGUGCUUCCUCGACAUUGGUCAUAGGAACUUCUACGUGAGCAACCCGCUUACCAAGUCUUUCAGGGAGUUGCCUGCUAGGUCGUUCAAGGUCUGGUCUCGUGUUGCGGUAGGAAUGACUCUGAAUGGAAACUCCACCAGUCAUGGGUAUAAGGUCUUGUGGGUUGGAUGUGAAGGAGAGUACGAAGUCUAUGAUUCCCUGAGUAAUGUGUGGACCAAACGAGGGACCAUCCCGUCCAACAUAAAGCUCCCGGUGUUGCUCAACUUUAAGUCACAGCCAGUGGCUAUCCACAGCACACUUUACUUCAUGUUAACAGAUCCCGAAGGGAUAUUGUCCUAUGACAUGGUCUCUGGGAAAUGGAAACAGUUCAUUAUACCUGGCCCACCAGACCUGAGCGAUCACACGCUGGCUGCGUGCGGAGAGCGGUUGAUGCUGGUGGGUCUACUGACUAAAAACGCUGCCACUUGCGUUUGCAUAUGGGAGCUGCAGAAGAUGACACUGUUGUGGAAGGAGGUUGACAGAAUGCCAAACAUAUGGUGCUUGGAGUUUUACGGAAAGCACAUUAGGAUGAAUUGUCUGGGCAACAAAGGUUGUCUGAUAUUAUUGUCCUUGAGGUCCAGACAGAUGAACCGUCUGAUAACCUACAAUGCUGUGACUAGGGAAUGGACCAAGGUCCCUGGCUGCACCGUUCCUCGUGGGAGGAAAAGACUUUGGAUCGCUUGCGGAACAGCGUUUCAUCCCUCCCCUACAGCUAGGGCUUGAUCAUCUUUUCUCCUGGUACAAUUUCCUUGGCCAGCUUUGAGGUUGUAUUCGAACGGUUCACACACGGUUGGUUUCUUUUUGUUGUUUUAUUUCGGUUUUGAUUUUCGAGACUGUAAUAUACAAAACGUUCUGUAUUGUAAUAAAUAACUUUGGGUUGUGUGGAACCUCUUAAACCUGUGAGCAAAGUUUCAUAAAAAGUACACAAGUCCAGAAGGAACUAUUUAACAC